AUGAGCAGGUUGGUUGUGUGGUUCUUCUCCGCCACGCCCCGAGAGAGAGGAGGGACAGAGGAGAGAGAGAGAGAGAGAGAGAAGAGAGGACGGCAUGGAGAGACAGAUCGCGGGGGCGGCGGUGGGGGCGGUGGUCUCCAUCCUCUUCAGUCCGCUGGCGGCGGAGGCGGCGAGGCUCGGCAAGGAGGCGGUGGCUCGGCUGUGGGGCGUCGACGACGAGAUCGAGAAACUGUCUUCCACCUUGAGAUCCAUCGAAGCGACGCUGAAAUUUGCAGAGCAGAACGAGUUGACGGUCGGCGGCGGGUGGGUUCGCGACUGGCUGGAGCGCCUCAAGGACGUCGCGUACGACGCCGACGACGUGCUAGACGAGUUCGCCGUGGAGCUCGCCGUCUCACCGGCGGUGGCGGCGGCGGCGGCGGCGGCGGCGGCGGCGGCGCGGCGGGGAAGGGAGAGGGGGCUCCGCCGCUGGUUCGCCUUCUGCUUCGCCUGCUUGCGGUCGACGCCCUUCCGUCACCAGAUCGGCCGCUGCUUGCGGUCGACGUGAGGAGUACGCUGGAGGGGAUUCACGAAGACUGGAAGAAGUUCGGCCUCGGAGCCAUCAGCGGCGGCGCCGCCGCGGCGGAGACCGGAAUGUCGGGCGGCUGGGAGACCACCGCCCAGAGUGGGGACAGGGGCAGGUUCUUCGUCGGCAGGAAGAAGGAGAAGAGCAGGAUCAUAGAGAAGCUUCUGUCGGUGUCCUCCGACGUGCUCCUGGUGCCCAUAGUGGGAAUGGGAGGGAUGGGGAAGACGGCUCUUGCGCAGGAGAUCCUCGACGAUAAGAGGAUGAAGGACCACUUCCAGGAGAGGAAAUGGGUGUACGUGGGGUUGAAGUUCGACGCCGCGAAGAUCAUCAGGGCAGUCACAGGGGACGGAGCUUCUUCCUCGAGGACCCUGCAAGACCAGCAUGGACGCCUGAGGAGCAAGCUCGACGAAGGAAGGUUUCUGCUGGUUCUGGAUGAUGUCUGGUGCGAUGAGCACGAUGAGUGGAAUAAGAUUCUGCCCCCAAUCCGUGCAGCCACAAAAGGCGGGGCAGUCAUCGUCACCACUCGCGCCCACAAGGUCGCCGCCGCCGCCGGCCCGGGCAUCUCCUCGCCGGAUUCUUCCCUAUCAGGGCUGUCCGACGAGGACUCCUGGCUGCUGUUCAAGGAGCGCGCCUUCGGGAACGGAAACCCCGAUGCACUUCGAAAACUGGAGCUUCGAGGCCGGAGGAUCGUUAAAAAGCUGGGCGGCGUACCUCUGGCAAUCAGGUUGGUCGCCGGGUUCCUAGCUGAGAGCUUCGAGGAGACCAGGUGGUCUACCCUGGACAGCAUAGACUUCAUCGUGUCCAAUAAUAUCCUGCCGGUCCUGAGCUUGAGCUACGAAUAUCUGCCGCGCUCUCGCAAGCCCUGCUUCGCGUACUGUUCCGUGUUCCCCAAGGGCUUCGUCUUCGACAAAUCCAGGCUGAUCCAGAUGUGGACGGCUCAGUCCUACACCCAGUCGGGCGGAGAGGCGAGGAUCUUCUUCGACGACCUCCACUUCAGGUCCUUCUUCGGCCGCAACGAGGACGGCUCGUACCAGACGCACGACCUGAUGCACGAUCUUGCGCUAUCCGUCUCCAGCAAGGAGUUCCGCAGAUUGAUGGAAGAAGAUGGGGAUGAGCGUGGAGUCUCCGGAAUGGUACGCCAUGCGUCUUUCUCGAACAAUCGGGAGGAGGUCACCUGGGAGCAGUUCCAUGGAUUCUACAAAGCUCGAUCCCUUCUGUAUCUGCACGAUUCGAGCCGCUCUACAUUCGGCAGGGUGCCCGGUGAUCUGUUUGACCGCCUGAGAUUUAUCCGCGUGCUGUGUCUGGCCUACAGCGACAUGGAAGAGCUGCCGGAGUCCAUCGCCAAGUUGAAGCAUCUCCGGUACCUCGAUCUGUCUUUCACCAGGAUCGGGAUCCUGCCUGAGGCGCUGUGUGAUCUCUGGAAUCUCCGAACACUGAGGAUAGUCCAGCCCUGGCCGAGCAUGUUUCUCGUGGAAUUGCCCCGGGGAAUGAACAAGCUGAUCAACUUGCGGCACCUCGAUGUGAACCAGGAUGUGGUGGCGAACAUUCCUGGAAUAGGAAGCUUGUCCUUCCUCCAGGAGCUCAAGGUAUUCCGUGUCCGAAAGGAGCACAGGUACAGGAUUUCCGAGCUCAGGGAUCUGACGAAGCUCGAGGAAGGUCUCUGCAUCAAAGAACUUCAGAAUGUGGACAGCGAAACGACGGCUGCUCAAGCAGAGCUCCACAGGAAGACCCGCCUGAAGAUACUGCAAAUGGAAUGGACAGAGAUGCCCAGGGAAGAGAAUCUUGAAGCGGAAGUUUUAAAAGGCCUGGAACCCCCGAGAAGCCUCGAAAGGCUGAGCAUCUCCAACAAUGCCGGAUCAGUCUUUCCGCCAUGGAUGUGUGCUCGUUCGUAUUCCAUUCUGUCUUAUAUCUCUCUCCGUGGAUGCAAAAAUUGGGCCAGCCUCCCUCCUCUAGGGCAGUUCAGCUCCCUGAAGGAUCUGAAGAUCAUGAUGAUGGAACGAGUCACGCUAGUCGGCCGUGAAUUCCAUGGCAAUGACGAGGUGGUGUUUCCGGCAUUGGAGUCUCUCGAAAUCGGCGACAUGGCGAACUGGACACAAUGGGAGUCCGACACGAGGAAGAUCUUUCCGACUCUUCGAACUCUGAUGAUAUUUAGUUGCCCCAAGCUGGAAGGGUUACCACAGCUCCCCGCUUCUCUGGUGGAUCUCUUCCUGCAGAAUGUAGGACUCAGGACUCUUCCGGAGAUCUCAUCAUUCCCUGAUUUGAGAGACAUGAUGACCUGUUCCCUGAGGAAGAUGGUCAUUACCAGCUGUCCAAACCUCCGAUCCGUACCUGGGAGGCUCCUGCGCCAUCUGGUUUCCCUCGAGGUCCGCGAUUGCGAAAACCUGGCAUCGAUGGGCCUCGACCUCCAAUACCUCGAUUGCCUCACGCAUCUAAGCGUCACCUGUUGCCCUAAUCUUAUACCGGAAACGGAGCAGCUCUCGCCACCGGCAGUCGUCGGAUCUGUACCUAGAGAUCACCUCCCACUGGACCUCCAGGAUCCAUCGGAUGUCCAUUCCCCCGAACUCGCAGAGCAUGAGCCGCAGUCGCCGCCGCCGCCGUCGUCCUCCGCAGCGCAUCCACCGCUCCAGACCCUGGCCACGGACAACAAAUCUGUGCUCGAGCAUCUACUCCCGCAGAACCUCUCCUACCUCCAAAGGCUGAUCAUCAUAGGGCCCUGCCACAUCCCAACGGAGCUCCGCGACCUUCCGUCCCUCUUGUCGCUGUCGCUGUGUGGCUUCCCCCAACUCCGCAGCCCUCCGGAUCUGCAGCGCCUCCCACUCCUGGAGAAACUGGAACUGUUUGACUGUCCUCAGCUCCAGAGCCUGCCGCUGCUGCGCGGCCUUUCACAGUUGACGAAGCUGGUCGUGAACGGAUGCCCGGAGAUCCAGUCCCUGCCGGAGGGAGGGCUUCCUGCCUCGAUGAAGAUGCUGAUCAUCCGGAAAUGCCCCGCUCUCAAAGAACGCUACGAGAGGGGAGGCCCCGACAGGCCCGCCAUCGCCUACGUUCCCCAAAUAAUUAUAUAG